AUGGAAGUAGAUGAACCAGUGACACCAAAAAGAAGCCGGUCCUUCCAGCGCCGCGUGGCAGAAGGCCCGGCGACUCCCUUCAGUCCCAUACCCUCCCCGACGGUCGUUCUGGCGUCAGGCAAUGAGCUCAUCGUUCGCGGUGUUUGGGACCAAUCCAAACCUCUAAUUGACCCAGUCCCAGUCGUUGAACGACUCAUCAGCGACAUCGCUCAAUCGAUUCCCGACCUGGCCGAUGUCCAUGUCGUCAUCAAACCGUUCCUCUCGGGCAACCGAGCCAAUCCUACUACAUCCUGCUACAUACGUCUGCACCCCUCACUGGAACCUCUGACCCCUGACGACGAACCUCGCUUCGACCUGCUCGGAUCGAUUACGAAGGAGACUCCUCUGGACAAGACAAUCCUUGAGAAGCUGAGAUCACACAUUGAGCAUCAAGGCUUUCGCGUCGUUGACUCAUUUAGCAACAGCAGUGGUCCGAUCCUCAUUCUCGCAGAUCCCUCCCAUGUCGAUCAGAUUCUCGACCAGCGCAAGCUUACCAUCACCUCUGUAUCCCCCAAUGAACUGACUGUCCUCCCUGGAUGCCAGAUCGAGAUUUUGCAUGCGUUCGAACUGGUUAUCAUGGGAAUCAGCGACUUCGAGGGUAUCUCCAGCCAUGUCCUUCGCUGGAUCAAUGCCACCUUCAUCGAUGGCAACGAUCGGCUCCUAGUCGGUCACCGCAUUCCCCCUGGUGAACCCGAUGCGCUCGUCUUUUGGAUGAGUGACUGGAAAUUGACCUCGAAAGUCCUUCAGGCUGCCAAAAUGUUCAGUGAACAAUUCAAACAAUACAAGCUCAUGCCGCCGCAGCUCCUCUGGCAAGCCAAUACUCAUGGAACUUGGCACAUCAACUUCACCCAGACAUUUACAGCCGGCGCCGAGUCCAUGAACUCUGGACUUGCGGCACUCACUCAUCGCGUGGACCAAAUGCAAAGGGAGACUCGAGCGCAGAAUGAUGCAGUGCAGCUUCAGCUCAGUGGGGUCACCGCAUCUCUAACGACAAUCACCUCCCACGUUGGACUUAUUGUGGACCAGCUCGGAAACCAGCAACGAGCGCUCCUUAUCGCAAUCCCUCCCACUCCUUCCACACCUGGAACUCCGUCGCCUUCACCUCGGCCAAGCCGCGGACUCACGAGCAACUCCACGAUAAUUAUUCCGCCUGCACUGCGCACUUCCACCAGACGCUCUUCAUCCAUCUUGGAGGACCCGCUAACUCUCAGGCUCCCCAGCUCCUCAGUUCCCCUCUCUCGUGGCACCUCCACGGAUGCUCUGGGCAGGUCAAGUGCCAAGAAACCUCGCACAUCGAAGAGCAGCCCAGUCAAUGAGGGCGGCACCUCGCAGAGUGACCAGGUGCGUGACUAUGGCAGUGGCUCUAUGUCUCUCCCGCUGAACGCGGCUCGUGGCAUCUCCUCAGACUUUGUGCUGAAGUCAAAACCGUUGCACAGUUGCAUGCCAGCUCAUCGAAAAAUUGGGUGUACAUGCUUCCUCGUUGUUGAGGCAUUGAGGGAGGCAGUCGGAAAUGUCACGGGUCGCGUAUUUGCUUGUCCCCUAGCUAGAUCGCAAUCUAUUGUAAUCAAACUGGUGCUCUCUACCCAUUUUCCCCUCCUCUUUAUCCUGCUGGUGGUUCUCACCCUGGUCAACCUAUCCAAUGCGGUACCGACUGCUCCCCCAUCCACACAACCCUUAUCCAUAUUCGCGUUGAAUGCAAAUGGCCUGGUGCAUGCGGGCAAGGUUCACCAUGUUAACACAGCCAUUAAUGCAAGGCAGCCUCAUGUCUUCGUGCUCUCGGAAACCAAGACUGCAACUAAGCUGAGUUCCACACUGCUUGACCAUGAUUAUGCAAUAUUCGAAGAACCCGGAGUGGCACAGAGCAACUCCCACCAUUAUAAGUGGGGCGUUGUUGUCGGUGUCCGCAAGGAUUUGCAAGUCUCACAAAGACAUGUUGUGACUCAUCGCGCUCUGCGAGGACGAAUUGUUGCCGUUGACAUUGUGCUCUCGACAAACUCCGGUUGCGGCUAUGACACCGCAUUCAACAAACCUCACAUCAAGUACCCAAACAAGAAUGAAAAGCAUCGUUUUCAAUGGUUUCGUGAUCGCGUGGACUCCCAAGUUGCAGACAAUGCGACUUCUCACCUUCCUGUCAUGGACAAUGAAUCAUAUCUCUCACGAUACAACCUCCUAACUCAGAUAAUACUGACAUCCGCUGAAGAGUGUUUCGGACGUGUCAAGCGCUUCCGCAAACAGCAUGCACUGAUUACCUCGCCCUCCAUAGAAAGCCUGACUGCAUCCAUACGACAUCUAGGGGGCGCAAUCCGCAUCGCACGGUCUGCAGGCCAACCCGUGACCGUAUCGUUCACUGCACAGCAGGCCUUCAACUGGUAUAUUGGACGUUAUCAUGCUGAACCACUCACAUUGCCCUUUGUAGAUUUCCUCAUCAAAUCCCGUCGUGCACUCUAUAAGAACCUAUUUGCAGAACGUAUGGCAGAGAUAACCCGCCGUGCACGGCUCACCAACAAGAAUCGCAUUACAGCGGCCCUGCUUGGCAGGUCAACCAAGCAUUUUGUCACCCCGGCGAGCUAUAUCCCUAUGCCGCUCGCUGUCAAUGACCUGACUGAUCCCGCGCACCUCAUUACUGACCCCGAUGCCGUGAAGGAAACAACCCGCCAGUACUUUUCCAAACUCUACCACCACGACCCACCUCCAGACAUCCCGAAACCCUGGAUGACAACCAGAUCAGUAAAGGAAGUAUGUGAACAUGUUCACGCUGACCCUUUUCAGUGGCCGCAACCAGCAUCCAUUGUAGCAUUUCGUGCAAUGCUGCGCAAAGGUAAUGCCCGACCCUCUCCAGGGCCCGACGAAUGGGAAAAAUGGUGCGUCAAGUCACUUUCCGAUAACACACUUUCGCUCGUGCUGGACCUGCAUAACUAUAUGGUCAUGCACGCACAUUUCCCCGGUGAUCUAAAGGAUAUGUGGAUUACCAUGUUCCACAAACGGGGCAUUCGCACGGACCUCACGAACUGGUGUGGGCUCUUUCUUUCCAAUUUUCUUGCCAAUUCUCCCCUCUCUUGGCUGAACCAUUGCCUCAUGCCAUACUCGGCAAGGCUUGGUAUUAUACCUGAAACCCAAGUCGCCACACAGCCGGGUGUUCAGAUGCACGACCUUAUGAGCUUUCUUGCUGGGCUGAAAUGCUGGUCUUCACGUCAUCACCAGCCCAUCUACACACUCAAGCGAGAUCAGAUGAAGGGCUUUGACUACCUCUCCCCACAGGGCUUUUAUGAUGCCAUCACAGCAUAUGGACUUCCACAGGCAAUUAUUGACCUUGACAGAGCUUCUCAGACUGACACAAGGUGCUUUAUUCGCACAGCCCAUGGAACGACAGAGCCGAUCAUUGUCACCGGUGUCACAAAGCAGGGUGGUUCACUUUCUCCUGUCAAAUCAACAUACACCACCAGUCUCGGCCACCGAUAUCUGAAUGACAUUGCCUCACAAGACCCCAAUACUGUCAUCGUGUCAACAAGCAGCGCAGAGCGAGGCGAUCCACACCUACCCGAAGAUCACACCCACCUAUCCAUUGUAAUGGUGGAGGCAACUGACGACUCUUACAUCUUCACCAAAACACUGAAAUCACUUCGCAACAACACACUCCAUAUGGAGCGCUUUCAGUUUGCAUACGGAUGGCUCACCCAAUGGACUAAAACCAUAGCUUACCUGCUCGGAACAACCGGAGUGCAGCCACCAACACUCUCCUUCCCUUCCAUCACGAAUCUCCCUGGUGUUGACCCACUCACUGUCACUGAGCACACAGUCCCCCUCGUCCUCAACAGCCUCGACUUUCUUCGGACCAAUGUCGAUGAUCCCACUGCAUGGUUUGAGGAGCUUCGUGAAUACAUCGACACAUUCACCUUCCCGACACUCAUCGGGCGCCCACCCAUUACACUCUUGCGCAAGAUCAUAAGCCAGAGUGUUAUCUCACGAUGCCGUGCCCUCCUUUCACUUCAGCCUGUCAAACUUGCAGAUGCCGAGAUUCUGGAUAACUGCCUCAUGACAAAGGUACAUGCUGUCCUGGGCCUUCCGUUCCGCUUCAACACCCACAUUGCCACGCUGCCCAUCGCACUUCACGGAAUGGAGUUUUCGUCAAUCUCCCGCAUCAACAGUGCUGCGGCAGUCAAAGGACUCGCUCGGGACUUGAACCACCACGUUCCCGCAUACCGAAACAUGGCGAGGGUCACGAUGGCAGACUGGACCUGUGACAAGAAUGGCUGUGUAUACCCCCUCGAUGGUACAGGACUCUCGAAAGACUUUUCUCACUAUGCAAAGAGCAUCCCAUCCACAUGGAUUACCGCACAGAAGGUUAUGUCAACAAUGACUCCAAAGCUCUCACUGCGGAUGACAGACAGGUCCGAUAUCGGCUCUGGGGACAUAUUCCUAUCCCAUGUGAUAGCGAUAUGCAAUCACCACAUACCGAAAUGUGCGGGAGACCCCGACGGGCACACCCUCCGCUCCCUCCGAGGCAAACACAUACGCACACUCAGCGACAUGGGCACUUGGCGCCUGAGUGCAGAUAAGCGGCUCAGCUUCCACUGUCUCCCACCACCCACAGACACUGCAUGGUCCCUCACAGCACAGCAGAACUGGCAAAGGAUAUCCACGCGGUUAGCCUCCAUCGACAUCACCUGGAUGCUGAGUGGACCCAUCGACCUCCUCCUAUCGAGAUCAGAUCAUCAGCGGGCAGCGAAAGAUCAGAUCGUACACAUGGCUAACGUGUGCGGCUUCCUCCCAUCUCCAACCUCUGGAGGACGACAGUUGUGGGGAUCUGAUGGCUCAAUGCUACCUGCCUCGGCGGGGCUUGGCGAAAACAGGUCUGUCACGGCAUCUGCGACAGGGCCCUCCAUGUUGGUGGUCAAGCUAAAGGGCCGUAACGUCAAUAUCCUUCAUGGCGAGCUCAUGGGACUGAUAAUGGGCCUCUGCCUCGCAGAUAUCUCACUCGAAAUCCCAUACCUCCACUCUGAUCACAUGAACUUGACCCGCCUGAUUGAUGACUCGAAAACCGCAGUCAAUCAAGAAGCGAGACUGCGAAACAUAAAUGGUCGCUCGUACUACAGAUGGAUCCUGUUCCUCAUACAGCGCAAGCACAUGCAGGUUCUAUACACACCUGGUCAUUCUUCUGAGCAGUCGGUCCCUGCAGCACUCAACCAUGAAGCCGACCAUUAUGCCUCCCGGUCCCAGAACUACAUACACGACAUCGCCUACGCUCCCAUUCCCACGUUCUCCAUGAACACAUUCACAUAUUACACAGAUGACGACAGAUGGAUCGAGUCCAACAUCCGUGUCUUCAUCAAUCACUUCUUGGCGAUGAACACUGCCGCCUCCCUCAGUCUCGGAAACUGGCAAAGGAUGGCAGCACACCUAUACGACUCACACCCCCCUCCCGCCUAUCCCUACACCCAUGCGACGGCCGCAUAUUCCAUCAUCAUCCAGCUCUACGCACGCUCCGGACAGCUGCCAACAGCUGAUCUCCUCAACAAUCAUGAGAAAAUGUUGAGCAACGUCUGCUGCUUCGGCUGCGAUGCAAUUGAGGAUGCGUACCACAUUUUUGUUCGAUGCCCCCGGUUCGAGAGUUGGCGGGAGGAGACAAGUCAGGCACUGGUGGCUCGCACCGAGAUGAAGCUCGAUGAGCAGGAGACUGAGACAGACGAUCAGAAAGCUAUCUUACAUGCAGCUAAGUCACUAUUCAAAGACACUCCUGUCAUUUGGCCACUAUACUACACUUUCUAUUUUCUAGGCCAUAUUCCGAACUUGGAGCCCUUGCUCCCUGACCCACCCAAAGACCGCGACGGUAGAAUGCGACGACGCAAACUCUUACAUCACCUGUCGGCCGACUGGCAUCUAGUCGCAAUACGAUUGGCCGGCCGGAUCUUCGGUGAUGUGCAGUGGGAAAUGGCGAAGAGGAAUGAGCUGCUGUGGGGCAAACAUUGA